UUCCUUUCCUAGAUGGUCGGUGAAGAGGUAAUAAUCGAUAAAGAGGAUCAAAAACUAGUCCACGAUGGGCUGAAAGACCUUCUUCUGGCUGAGGUUACCGAAUACAUGGAACAAAAACAAUCCUGCGAUUUAUUUCGUCGGCUUCAGCAUAAGCAAGCCCGUGGACUUCAUCCAGGAGGUCGGUCGGCAAGCAUUCAGGAUCGCUGGAAAGACAUCGAUGCGAAACUCAGGUCCCUUGAAGUGACGUGUAACACAUUAUUCCCUGUAACGACCUUGGGGGAGAAUCCGGUGUCCAGUCAGUAUCGCGGACUCUUCUAUCCACAACUGAAGUGCAUUCAGUCAGAAAUAUUCCAGGAAAUCCGCAAGUGUGAAGGCAAUGGGGAAAGUUUCACAUUUUCAACCUGGUACCGCUUCACGGAACGAUUUCUGAGUGAUUUUGCGAGUGACAUGGAACAAGUGCACUCUGACCUUCCCAUGAUUCCUCACAUUUCGGCAACGGUUGUACGCGACUUGUGGUCAGUCAGCAACUGGGUGCUUUCCCGCGUUCCUGGCGCGGUUGAAGAAAGGAGAAUAAUAGCCAAGAUCUUGCGGAACAAACAAAUACUUGAUUCAACAGUCAACGGCAUUGUACUUGAGUCGGUCUAUCUCAUCGAGGUAUUCACAAACCCACACGUAAAAGGAAUUCUGAAAGGCGCCCGUUCAACCCCACACUCCGGUGGACUUCGUGCUUAUAGAAUCCCCGGAUUAUGGGUUACUGCCGGCAAAGUAGAGGAACAGCUGCCUACGAUUUCAACAAUAUGGGUCAACCGUUGGCCUGCAAUGAGGGAAAAUUUCUGUGGUACUGUACAACUAUGCACUGGGGAACAGUAUGAACAUCUUGACUCCAAUCAAACUCAGUACUUCCUAUCAUAUUGUCUGCCAGAUUAUGCAACUGAAAAUUCUAUCCUUCCCAACCUCAAUUUUUGAGACUGUCUGAUUUUCAAACUGUCAUCCCUUCCUCACUUUUUCCCGUUGGGCUGGUGACCUUAUUCUCCCCUCAAUCGAUUAUUCUUGAUUAUUCCGUUCCACAGUCCAGGCGGAACACUUUUAACACGUACCUGGAUCGCCAGAUUGCUUCAAAGUGACUGAGAAAU